UGCAUGCAACAACGUGGUAUUAGAGCGAUUGUGUCGGGGAUAUUUUAGGAACAUUGAUAUUGCAUUAAUUUCCUAUCUGUGUGACAUUACAACAUGGCUUGCCCGUUGAAUUCGUAUCAUGACAUUGAAUCGCCUUCCAAGCGGCUUGGACACGGACAGGUUCAGGUCAUCUUCGGGCCGAUGUUCAGUGGCAAGACGACAGAGCUGAUCCGGCGACUGAAACGGUACCAAGUGGCCAACCACCGCUGUCUCAUCAUCAAAUACGCCAACGACAACCGGUACGCCGACAAGGACAUUUCGACUCACGACCGUCAGACGCUGGCUGCCGUGUCGGCCACCAAACUAGAACCGCUCAAGUCGAUCGCAGCGUCCAGCUACUCUGUGAUUGGGAUCGACGAAGGCCAGUUCUUCCCCGAUUGCGUGCCGUUUGCUGAGGAGCUGGCUAACCUGGGUAAGAUCGUCAUAGUGGCGGCCCUGGACGCCACAUUUCAGAGACAGGCUUUCGGUGACAUCCUCUCGCUCGUCCCGAUAGCCGAGAAUGUGGUAAAGCUGAACGCCGUCUGUAUGGAAUGCUUCAGGACGGCGAGCUACACAAAGAGAAAGGGCUCCGAACAGCAGGUGGAAGUGAUAGGUGGAACGGAUAAAUAUCUCGCCGUCUGCCGCAAGUGCUACUUCGGAUCAUCGCCGCUAAACGGCAACGGCGCUAGUGUCGCUCCGGAAAUUAUCAGCCCCGUGAAGAAAGCCCUGUUCAAUGGAGCCUCGUGACCUGAGUGACCUUGACCCUAGACGUGGCGACUUUACCUCUUCUAUUGUCGGAUCUUUUCACUCGCUUAUCGAGAAGUUGGGUAUAUAAGCCCAAACCAUCAUCAAAGUUUGGUAUAUUCUGCGGAACAAACCAAGUCCUCCAUGAAACGUUCAACUGCCGCAGUGACUUCUUGCUCGUCGUUCUUUGCAUUACAGUGCUUUAAACUGGGACCGAUUUCAUUUGUUCGUAUGUGUGUGGGCUUGGGGUCUCCUGUGUUUUAAUCGUGUCGCUUCUAAAACGAUUAAAUGCGUUUCGGUCUAUCACGUUGUAGCUAAUCUAUGCGGACUUGUCUCGACAUUUUCGUUUGUGGUCAUUAGCUUAGCAUGCAUUUUAAGCUGCAUUAAGUUUUCGGCUAUCACCGAUCGUCAUUUUGCUAUACCAAGUACAAAUAUUAGCAUGCAUCCUCUACUGUAAUGUUUUCAGUGACAUAGCCUUGUCUAAUGAACGCUCAUCGGUGUCCUCUUCUCUUGGCAUUAUUGGAGGCUCAAGUUUUACGCGCGGUGCUUAUUUUCUCUGUCUCAGACCGGGUGCUGUUAUCUGUACCUUUUUCUGGUUUUGUAAGGCGUUUGUGUCGCCCGGAAUGUCUAUUGCUGAAUACAUUCCUGUUUUAUUGAACGGAAA